GGGGCUCGUCCGGGUGGGGCCUUCCGAUGGUGAGGUCGGACGCGCUCGGCAAGCUGGGCCCCUCCUUCGGCAUCGGCGCCGGCUGCGGCGUCGGCGUCGGGGUCGGCCUCAUCGGCGCUUUUGGAGUGGGAAGACUGCAGGGUUCAGGUAACUCAGGCGCAGGAAUUGGAGCUGGAUUCCCUGGGUUACAGCUGGGAUUCGGAGCUGGUGCUGGAUGUGGAAUAGGAAUAGGUUUCGGCUAUGGCUUUGGAAAGGGAAUUGCAUAUGACGAGAAUGGGAAAUAUUCAAACAUCAGGAGAUCAUUUCAGAACACCAGGAGCCUCCCUUAUGACCAGGAGUUUGACAUCCUGUUUGACGAGGUGAUGGAGAGCACCAGGAAGCUGAUCAAAGCGACGACAAAGGAGCUCGACAAGUGGAGGCGCAUGUAGAGAGAACAUCACAUGAACAAACAGGGAUUCAGCGAGAUACGCCGUCAGUAUUCUACCCUCGUGAAGGAUCAAUUUCGUCAAGGCAUGUGCGAGGGUGCAAGCAUCAUGUGACCGCGACGCCGUCCCCGCACCACCGGAAUAUCCUGCGCGGCGUCGCUGUCGGUAGCAUAUAUUGUUCGUCUGUAGAAUCGCUGUUUCGCAUUGAAAUACUCGGGCCUCGCGCAGCAUCGCCUCGAAUCAAAUCUUUCUCCGUCUUAUUAAACAUGGUGUCUAUAUUUAAGUUCCUGAUUAAUGGUCAACGUCACCUCGCUGGA